AUGAGAAGUAGUCGCAACCUGCUCAGAGCCGUAUCGAGGCCUCGAACAGCCUUCGCAACUCUCCGACCAUCAUGUCUCCCUCAAACCUUUCGUCGCACCGUAGUCUCUGCCGCAGACUUGCAGUUCGGCCAACCUUUGCAUGAGACACACCCGCAUCUCAUUGCGCCAGGCGAUUUGACACCCGGAAUAUCUGCUCUCGAGUACCAUCAUCGUCGCGCAAACCUCGCCAAAGCCCUUCCCAAGAACAGCAUCGCCGUCCUUGCCUCCUCCGACAUCAAAUACCGCUCCGGUGCUGUCUUCUAUGAGUUUCACCAAGAGCCAAACUUCUUCUACCUGACUGGCUUCAACGAGCCAGAAGCACUUGCUGUCAUUGAAAAGGGUGACUCGGACGUCGAAUACACAUUUCACCUCUUCGUCCGACCAAAAGACCCCAAGGCCGAACAAUGGGAUGGUGCACGAAGUGGCAUUCAGGCUGCGCUAGACGUCUUCAACGCCGACGAGGCGGGUGACAUCGGUCGUUGCCAUACUGUCCUCCCAGAUAUCAUCGGCCGCGCAAAGGAAGUCUACACAGAUCUCCUUGGUACUGCUACCAAGUCUGCCUUUAGGAGAUAUUUCUCGAGUCUGAAAAAGGUCCCUUCAGAAGGCUUCGGCAGUCUCUUGCAGGAGAACAAUGUCAGACCUCUCAGACCCCUUAUGAACAACCUUCGUGUCAAGAAGAGCGAAUCCGAGAUCCUGAAUAUGAGAAAGGCUGGUCAGGUUUCUGGACGAGCUUUCACCGAGACCAUGAAGACAGGUAUGACUACCGAGAAAGAUCUCUGGACCAUGCUCGACACUGGUUUCAAGAUUGGUGGUUUGGACGGCUCCGCCUAUGUGCCUGUUGUUGCUGGCGGCAAGAACGGGUUAAGCAUUCAUUAUACGCGCAACGACCAGACUUUAAAGGACGGCGAAUUGGUAUUGGUAGAUGCCGGUGGUGAGUAUGGUGGCUACAUCACCGACAUUACACGCACAUGGCCGGUCAAUGGCAAAUUUAGCGAUCCGCAAAGGGAGCUGUACGAAAUGAUUCUCAAAGUGCAGAGAGAGGUAGUAGCGAUGUGUAGCGAGAGUGCGGAUGUUUCGCUCGACAAACUCCACCGUAUCACUGAAAGCGGAUUGCGCGACGGAUUGAAGUCUCUUGGAUUCAACAUGGACGGCAACGCUCUUGAGACAUUGUUUCCUCAUCACGUCGGCCACUUUAUUGGACUAGAUGUUCACGAUGCUCCUGGACAUCCCAGGACAGGGAGACUGACGGCGGGAGAGUGUAUCACGAUUGAGCCAGGAAUCUAUGUUCCAGAAGACGAACGAUGGCCCAAGCAUUUCCGCGGAUUGGCAAUUCGAAUCGAAGACAGCGUGUGCAUAACAGAAGAGCAUCCUUAUGUGUUGACAACAGAGGCAGUAAAGGAGGUUGUUGAUAUUGAGGCGCUCCGUUAG